AUGGACUCUGUCUGGGCAAAGCGCAGUCGUGGGAGCAUUGUGGAGGAGAGCAAAGAGAAAGAUAAAAAAGAAUCUGGAGCUAGUGUGGGAGGGAUAGGAAACAUUGGAACGGCGAUGGGGGUGGGGAUUGGAAGUAGGGAAGGUUUAAGGAAAGACGGAACAAUUAAUGGAAGUAAUGGUGUCGUUGCAUUAAGUAGACAGCAGUAUAUACCGAGUCCGACUAGUGAGAUCCAUCCACUGCAUUUCACCUGGGUUUUUUGGUUCAUGCAUCGUGCGCCUGGGAGUAAAAUUACGAAUUAUGAGCAGAGCAUGAAGAAGAUUGCUGCGUUUUCUUCGAUAGAAGACUUCUGGGCAGUUUAUAGUCAUCUUCGGCGACCCCACGGGUUGCCAAACAUUAGUGAUUAUCAUCUCUUCAAACAGGGCGUAAGACCUGUAUGGGAGGAUGUUACAAACAUUAAUGGUGGCAAGUGGAUUGUCAGACUACGGAAGGGUUUAGCCAGUCGAUACUGGGAAAGUCUGGUAAUGGCAGUUAUUGGCGACCAAUUCGACGUAGGAACAGAAAUCUGCGGGGCAGUUCUGUCAAUUCGCAGUUCAGAAGAUAUUCUAUCUUUGUGGAAUCAGUCUGCUCGAGAAGGACGAAUUAAUUUAAAGAUAAGAGACACUAUGAAACGUGUUCUAAAUUUACCUCCAGAUACAAUUAUGGAAUACAAAUCACAUACUGAUGCAAUGAAAGAUAAUUCUAGCUUCCGUAAUACGGACGUGUUUCGAUAA